GCAAAAGGGCUAUAUGAACUGUAUGGAUGCAGUUUUGGUAUUCUGUAUCUGGGCAUUUCUGAAAUACAUGUUGUGAAGGAGCAAUUAAUGACUGCCUCCAUCGUGUUUAUCAGCUUUGGCGUGGUAGCAGCAUUCUGUUGUGCAAUAGUUGAUGGAGUGUUUGCAGCACGACAUAUAGAACCCAGACCUUUGUAUAACAAAAGGUGCCAGUUUUAUUCAAGUGGAAUAGGAUUCCUAUAUGAUGCCUACCAAACAGAGGUGACAUGUUAUGCCUUAAACAGCAAGUGCCAGCUGAAAGUAAAGAGUAACACGUGCUAUUGCUGUGACCUGUACAACUGUGAGAAUUCAGAGCAGUCCUCCAGCUACUAUGAAUUUCUCGGCGUGAGCAGCUGUCAGGACGUGGUUCACCUGUACAGGCUGCUGUGGUCCUCCACAGUCCUCAACAUCAUCGGGUUGUUUCUGGGGAUUAUUACAGCAGCCAUUCUUGGGGCAUUUAAAGACAUGGUACCUCUGUCCCAAAUUGCUUUCAGUGCUGCUCCUCCUCCUCAGAUCCUGUACAAUCCUGCCCAGCAGAUCCUGACAUACGCUGGGUUUUGUCCUUCUGCAGCGACUAUUUCUACAUAUCCAUCCUACCCGUUACCUCUUCAGCCUGCCAGCAAUUUUCCAGGAACAUCAUCUACCGACAUUUCUUUGUCAGAAGAAACGCAGCCUCCAUCUCAGUCCAGCUCCAGCUACGGCCUUCCCCCCAAUGCUCCGGCCCUCCACACACCGACUUACUUCUUGCCUGGAGAAAAGCCUCCACCGUAUGCACCAUAGAACAAAGAGUUUAUUUUAGGUAGCUGCUAGGCUUUUAUUUUGUUUUUAAGAAACCUCUGGAAACUGUGCUGUGCGGGCACUAGGCUUCCCAAGGGACCCGCCGCAGAGUGUGUUACGGCCACCCUGCUUUUACCCGCAUCUCACUGGGAGCGGAGCAGAACCUGGAAAGGUCAGGGCAGGCACAUCACCAGCGCGGUGACCAGUCACCACCAGUUUGCCUGCAGUCAAAUGCAGUGUUGCUUUCUGGCUACCACAAGCAUGAGGUAUUUCCUUCUCGGUACACUGCAGCAUGCAUUUUCUUGAAGAGGAGAAAUGAAGAAAACGCUCUGGAUACGUGUUCUGCUUUCAUAAACCAAUAUAGAAGGGUUCUAGCCUG